AUGCUUCGAGGGAAAUUCCCACCCUUGUGGUCAUAUGCCUCCUACUUCGAUUUCUCAAAUAACAACUUCACCUCUGUUAUUCCGGAUAACAUCAGCAACACCCUACCAGACUUGAUAUUUAUUAUCCUCUCGAAGAAUAAUUUCCAUGGUUUCAUCCCGCCGUCUAUUUGCAAUGCUAGUGGUCUUAGAGUUCUCGACUUAUCACAUAACCAUUUGAAUGGCUCUAUUCCUGAUUGUUUAAUGAAGUCCCUUGAGGUAUUGAAUCUGAGGAAUAACCAGUUGAAUGGCAACAUGCCACAAAACAUCCCGAGAUCAUGUAAUUUGAGGACAUUAGAUAUUAGUGAGAAUUUGUUGCAAGGGCAGAUUCCGUUAUUGUUGGCAAAUUGCAUUGCAUUAGAGUUUGUGAACAUCGGGGACAAUCAAAUAGACGGGACAUUUCCAUGCCAUUUCAUGGCUAUGUCAGGUCUCCGUGUCCUUGUUUUACGAUCCAACAAAUUGCAUGGGGAAAUUAGAUGUCCGCAUAAUCACAACACCUGGCAAAUGCUUCAAAUCAUUGACUUGUCCUCAAAUGACUUUGGUGGCACACUGCCUAUGAGUCUCCUUGCAUCUUUGGAGGCUAUGAAGGCCAAUAAGGACUUCAAUCAUCUACAGUAUCAAUUUCUUGAUUACUAUCAUGAUGAGCAUUAUUAUGAAGCUACGAUGAGUGCAACCUUGAAAGAUCUACGACUGGAACUCAUUAAGAUUUGGACUAUUUUCACAUUGAUCGACUUCUCGAGAAAUAGAUUGGAGGGUCCAAUACCCGAUACACUUGGAGAUCUCAAAGCACUUUAUGUCCUCAACUUAUCACACAAUGCCAUCUCGGGUCCAAUUCCUCCUAUAUUGGGGAAUUUGCAUGAGAUUGAGUCGCUGGAUCUAUCGGUGAAUUACCUUAAUGGAAGCAUACCACCUCAGCUUGCAAAUCUCGAUUUCCUUUCCUUACUAAACCUCUCAAACAAUCAGCUUGUAGGAAACAUCCCAACAAGCGGACAGUUUCUUACAUUUGCCAAGAGUUCUUUUGAAGGAAACCUUGGAUUGUGUGGGCUUCUGCUCAACAAAAGUUGCUCAAUUACCACGAAUGGGACAGAAGUAGUUGGUGACAAUGGCGACGAUGAUGAUAGUGAGAAAAAGUGGUUUUACAUGGGCAUACCGCUUGGGUUCGUCGUUGGCUUCGGGUUUUUUGUGGUCCAUUAA